AUGGUUACCACUGUCCUUAUGUUUGUGGUUGGUCCAGUCGGCCGGAAUACUUGCCCUCUCUACAAGGUGUACUCUCACUUCCUCGUUCGCCACUAUGGAACAGUAAGAGAAGCCGAUGUGCGUGGUGAGGAGCUUGCAGUUGUAGUCCUCAUCACAGAUCCACCUCACGGCGACUCCGUGAGGAGCCAGGCUGAGAGGGAAACAUUAGUGUAA